UUCAAAAUUAAGAUAAACAAAGUUGUUGUUAAUCUAAAAUAUACUCUCCUUCAUUGCUCUUCCAUCUAUCUGGUAGACUUGCAAAGCCCCUCUUACAAAAUUCACUUGUCUAUGAUGAAAAAUACUCCUCCACUAGUGUUCUGGCCUUGUCUACAGAAUUCAUAUUUUUUCCGUCCAAAUGAUUUUAAAAACUGUGGGAUAAAUGAUAAUCAGAUGGGGCAAUUUCCAGAGAAUAUGGUGGGUGGGGCAUCGUUCCCCAUUGAAACCGCUCCAGCCUUUAGAAUGUCAUCCUCGCUGUAUGUGGACAAGCAUUAUCCUGAUGGAAGAACACCUUUCGUCUUGAAAUCAAAGAUAGCUGUUCUCCAAUGGCACGCAGGUGUCAAUGAAUGGUUGAAUGACCAAAUCCAUGCUUUUCUGAUAGUUCCUGGAAGUUAGUGUGUAUCAACAGACUUGUUUCAUGUGUGGAAGCCUUAUUUCAUUGUGUAUCUUAAUUGAGCUUUGUAGAAGCUCAUCAAUUGAUCAGCACUGAAUCAUUUCCUACCAAUGCCCCAUUCAACCCAUGCCAACAGGGAAAACAGGCAUAAAAUGUUGAUAGUGGUGAUGAUGAUCUGGAGGAAGACUACUGUUUUGGGAUAUAAUCUCAGUUAUUUUAUGUAUGUGAUGGGCAUCAGAAAAGAUCAAAGAUUAUGCAAACUAGCAUUUGUAGUGACUUCAAAGGUUUUAAGCUCAUGUUGUUCAGGAUUAGAGAGUGCAAGAUAAUAAGAUUAUUGAAGUUUUGACUGAGAAUAGAAAUAAAGAUAUUCUAAUUUUGAUUAAAUUUUCAUUUUACAGGAAUAUUUGAAAGUGUGAAAGGCCACGUGUUGUGUCAGCUCUGCAUGCCUCAAUGUCAGAACAAUAAUGUUGAUUCUGAUGAUGAAGAAAUCAUUACAGGAGUAUGCAAGGCAUGUAAUACCUCUCUUUUGACUAGCAAACAUCUACUUAGUGCUAUUGAAGUGGACGGUAUAAUGAAAUCAUCUGGUGUCUCUUAUAAUGCCACGCCACCAUCAAUAGAUAACCUGACAGGUGAAAACAAAAGACUGUCAAAGAAAUUAUAUAAACAUUGGUAUGACGUGGAGAUGAGUUCUUCGGAAGAGGAAGAAGAAGUAGGAGAGGAAGAGGAAGUAGAAGGAGGAGAGGUCAAUGGUCGUGAUGAUGUACAAGACAGCUCAAAUUCUACACCAAAGGAAACACCCAUAAAAAGCUUUGUAAGUAUAUCUGUUAUCAUUUAGUAUCAUUGUGUGGUGAGAAGUUUACUUUCCAAUCACAUGGUCUUUGAUUCAAUCCCACUGCAUGACACCUUGGGCAAGUGUCUCCUACAUUAGCCCUACUUUGAUCAAAGUCUUUUCAGUGGCUUUUGUAGAUGGAACUCAAAAAGAAUCCUAUUGUAUAUAUACUCUUUUACCUGUUUCAGUCUUUUGACUGUGGCCAUGCUGGAGCACCGCCUUUAGUCGAGCAAAUCGACCCCAGGACUUACUCUUUGUAAGCCUAGUACUUAUUCUAUCGGUCUCUUUUGCCGAACGCUAAGUUACGGGGACAUAAACACACCAGCAUCAGUUGUCAAGCGAUGUUG